AUGGCCAACCGCGAACGACCCCCCAAGCGGAAGAGGACAUCCCCACCCUCCUCCUCCCUCUCCCCCCUCUCAUCGCCCCCAGUCCAGCAGCAGCACCCGCCGGCCAGCCAGCAAGCCGCCAGCAUCCCAUCCCGGGCAGCCCCCAGCACCGCCCCCCAGCCCAGCCCAUCCUCCUCAGCCGCCCCGCCAGCAGCAGCCGCCCUCCAGCAGAAACUCAAGUUCAGCUCCAAGCAACACGCACUCGCACUCUCCCAGGCGAUCCGCCGCCAGGCCGCCCAGAGGGAGCCUCCUCCGAGCCGACUCGCCAUCAACAACAGCCCUCACCUCAAUAUCCCAUCCUCCAGCCCCUCAUCCCCUGUAUUCAAACCAGCCAGCCGAUCCCACCACCACCUCCCUCGAGCCUGGCCCCUCAAACCAUCUCUGCUGCCCAGCACCCCCCGAAACGGCCUGCAACCCUCCCCCCACUCGAAUACCACCCGUCCGAUCUGCAUCGGUCUGCUCAGCUCACUCGUCCUGAUCGUCUAUCGCUUGUCGGACUUCCAAGUCGAUCACUGCGGCCCAGAUGGAAGGGCUAGACCUCAAACGAUCCCAGUCAGUAUCUGUCGCUUCCCACCCAACGGUCAGAGUGAGACCCUCAAGGUUCAGGCUCCAACCGGCGUGCCAUUCGGGGUAGUUGACCAAAGGAUCGCAAAUGUGAUCGGACCACUCUUGGGACCGAUCAAUUCACUCAGCGGUGGAAGUGCCGUCGGUGGCUGGGCGCCCAAUCGACUAGCUCAAGCCCAAGACCCCUCAGCCCAAUCGAGCUCACUCUCACGCCUCGAGGAAAACGACGAGGAGAUCACAGAGACAAACGGCUUAGGAGGACCUAAGCUCACUCGCCCAACAACAACCUCAGACGAUUCUCGACAGAUAUGGGUCGAAUGCUGCGUGAUCAGAAGAGGCGAACAGAACCCGAUGAUGCUCCCACUACAGCUACUCUUAUUCUGCUCACCCGAAUCAGUCACUUCGAUCGCCACUUACCUUACUCGAUCCGGCGUCUCCCUAGAACAUCCCGUCAGCUAUCACCCCGAAAUGCAUCUCGGAUGUCUCUACAACAACCCUCACUCAUCUCAACCUCGUGAAGCAAUCGAAGCUAUCCGUCAACGCUUACUCGGUCACUCAGCCGCAUAUCCGCCCCAUCAGAUCUCUCGCACCAACACCCAGGCCUGCGAUACCCACCAGCAAGUCGCUACGAUCUUUAAGAGCUUGGCCAGCGGGGUCGAUCUAGACGAAACCGAACCUGGUCACAUGGUCGUCACCUCGCUCUAUCCACACCAGAAACAGGCCCUAUCGUUCAUGCUCGAUCGUGAGACUCCCAAGCUCGUCACUCCAGAUCUCAAAUCGGCCAGGAAUGCUACCGAGAGAAACGCUUUGGAGAAAGAGGACGAGGAAAACCUGGUCUCCCUGUGGAAGAAGACUCGCGAUAGCUAUGGGCGGCACGUCGGUUGGAUGAACGUCGUCACUGGAAUCCAGCAGAUCGGCAAACAGACUCCACCACAGUGUAGAGGGGCCAUCUUGGCCGAUGACAUGGGCCUGGGCAAGACCAUCUCCAUCAUCUCGCUCAUCUCUGCCACCCACGAAGCUUCUAUCGAGUUUGCCAAAUCACCCAUCAAUAGACCAGCCAUACCGGCUGAUAAUCCUCGAAGUAAAACUUCGGGCGGAGCCGUGAAACUUUCUCUCUCCGAGAUGAAACUAGACGGGGCUCCUCAGUCGACCGCUGCACAAAAAAAGGAGAGCGCCCUGGCUGCAAAGAAACGGAUUGCAGUUCAUGAUCGCUCUCAUCUCAUCCAGGUCAAGUCGAGAGCCACCCUGAUCGUCUGCCCCCUCUCGACCGUCCAGAACUGGGAGAGUCAGAUCGAAGAGCACGUCCGCAAAAUACCUACACCCACUACGGAAGCAAGUUCAAGCUCGAGUGCUCCUCACAAGUCCUCGCUAUCAGUCUGUGUCUAUCAUGGAAAUGGACGGACGAGUGAUGCUGAGGUGCUUGCUAAUCAUGACGUCGUCAUCACCACCUACUCGCUCUUAGGCUACGAGUUCUCACGCCAAAAUCGGGGGGCCAAAGAGGCAGAGGACGGUAAUGAGAGCAGCGAUGGGGUGGAAGAGGUGGAUGCCGAAGGUGGAUCGAUUCAGAUCCUCAAUGGAAACCCUGAAAAGCUUCCGGCCAAGAAUCGUGGCAAACAGAAACGGAAACGGAAGGGUGAUGGAUUGCUCAGUCCAUUACAAGCUAUAGAAUGGUUUCGGGUCGUCCUGGAUGAGGCUCAUAUGAUCAAAGAACACACGACCACUCAAUCCAAGGCUGCGUGUGAUCUGUUAGCCGAACGAAGAGUCUGUUUGACCGGAACCCCCCUUCAGAACUCGCUCAACGACCUGUUCUCCCUCGUCUGCUUCCUCCGUCUUGAACCAUUCACCGACAGGGCUGUCUGGACGACCCACAUUGGUACCCCAGCCCGACUAGGUGAGCCCCUGGGAGUCUCGCGGCUACAAUUGAUCAUGCGACACAUCGCACUCAGACGGACAAAGCAAAGCUCUGACAAGCACGGGAAACCAAUCUUGACAUUGCCCCCUAAGAAGGAUGACAUCGUUUAUCUUGAGCUCAACGAGGAUGAGAAGGAGUUCUAUUCAAUGUAUCAUCAACGCAGUCGUCAGACCUUCAUGACUCUCAAGAGCCAAGAUACCGUGCUGAAGAACUAUUGCUCAAUCCUACAAGAGUUGCUAAGGUUGAGGCAGAUCUGUGCACACGUCGGCUUGGUCACAGAUUCAGCGGUUCAACCGGGAAGAGAGCUCGAUUUGGCAAGGCAGAUCGAGCAGGAUGGACUCUCGAGGUCGAAGGCGAUCCAGUUGUUGAUCUUGAUGCGCGAUACUGGGGCGACUCAGUGUAGCGAAUGCGGAAGAGAAGCAAUCUCGGCCUCGACGGGUGAGAAUGAAGAGGAUGUCGAAGAUUUGAAAGCCCCUCACCUAACCGGCUCGAAGCGAGGCCGGAAAAAGUCAAACAAUAAUCCCAAGCAACAAGAUUCCAGCGCGAUCACUAAGGCCACUGGCACCGAGAACGUCGACGGAAAAGAGACUCAGUCAAUAUCGGUGAUUACCCGAUGCCAACAUCUGUUUUGUCUCCAAUGUUCUCGGGAACGCUUGUGUUCCGGUCUGAGAGUGCUCAAUGAACGUGAGGAAGAAGUGGUAGACUGUUCGGUUUGCUCGCAACAGCUUAUUAUGAGUAGUGAUAUUGCCGAGGUCUCGGCGGACGAGCUCCAGAAAAAUCUCCGGUUAGAAGAGCUGCAAAUCGAGGACCCCGGAAGCGUCCCAUCAGGUCCGGCUUCGAACGGAGCUCCUAAGGGACGCUCGCGGAAGUCUAAAUCGACUCAGAAGAUGAAAGCCGUCGAAUCGUCUUCGCUGCCUGUCUCCAAGGCCGAAGAAGCCAGUGAAGAACCGGUCGAGAGUAAACCGAAGACGCUCUCGGCCUUGAUCGAGGAGAAAGCCUCCAGUCCCUUGUUGAAGCAUGGUACCAAGAUCUCACAAUUGAUAUUGGACCUCUUGCCCUUCAGUCAAGCAAAUCCUACUUCCGCUAACUUUGCCCCACAAGAUCCCAUCUUCAAUGAAAAUUUUGAUCCUAACGAUCCUGAUGCUGACUUCAAGCCGACCAAAGGCGCUGUCGUCAAGAGUGUCGUUUUCAGUCAAUGGACAAAGCUUUUAGACAAAAUCGCCAGUGCACUCGACGAGUUCAAUAUUCAGUAUAAGAAGCUCGACGGCACCAUGAGUCGGGCCGAAAGGAAUCGAAGCAUGGAUGCACUCAAGAUUCAAAAACGGAAGACUGAACUUGCAAAUAUGAGUCUAGGUCAAACAUUGAGUAAAGAAGAGUUGGCUAAACGGAGAGUUGAAGACUUACACAUCCUAUUCAAAGAGAAUAUUAACUCAAAUUGA